AUGCCUCACGCCGUAGUAUUAGGUGCUGGCGUCAUCGGCCUCAGCACCGCCCUCCACCUCCAAUCCCAAUCCCCGUACUCCAUCACCCUGCUAGCCCGUGACUUUCCCUUGCCCUCAGAAACCAUAGAUGCGGUCUCCCAAAUCAAUUUCACCUCCCCCUGGGGCGGAGCGCACAACCGUCUCGUGCCCCCCACGAACCCAACCGAAGAGCGAGAACACGCCAUGUCCCUGCGGACAUUCACCCACAUGAAAACCCUCCACUCCCAAAACCCUGGGGAGGCGGGGAUCACGUUCAUGAAAGGGGUGGAGUACCUCGAGGCGCCUGGUCCCGCCUACAAAGAACUGAACGACGAAAAGGCGAAGAGUUUGGGGAUGGAAGGGUUUAGAUUGUUGAGGAAGGAGGAGUACCCGGAUGAGAGAGUGACGUGGGGCUGUGAGUAUGAUACUUGGUGUGUGAACCCGAUGGUGUUUUGCAGUUUUUUGUUAAGGAGGUUCGUAUACCUCGGGGGGAAGGUGGUAAGGAGGGAGGUGAGGGAUCCGGUGGAGAUAUUUGGCAUGAGAGAUCUUGGGGAGGUUGACGUCGUGGUUAAUUGUUCGGGCAAUGGGUUUGGGGAUGAGAAGGUGUUCAUCACUAGGGGCCAGACCUGUCUCGUGGCUAAUGCAUGCCCUGUCACUGUCACUCGCCAAAAUGCCGAUGGAUCAUGGACUUUCUGCGUGCCGCGGAAUUUCCAAGGCGGCACUAUCAUCGGCGGGACGAAGGAGCCAAAUAACUGGGAUCCGAAUCCAUCGCCAGAGGUGCGAGCGGGUUUGUUGAAGAAGUUUGCGGCAACGUAUCCUUGUAUACUCGAUAGUCACGGUGGGGGCUUCCAGGUGAUCAAAGACAUCGUUGGUAGGCGGCCCACCCGCAAAGGUGGCAUGAGACUGGAGAGAGAACAACUAAGCAACGGUAAAUCCAUUGUACAUGCCUAUGGUCUGGGUGGGAGAGGGUAUGAGCUGAGCUGGGGAGUGGCGGAGGGUGUUGCAGAGUUGCUUCCGAAGCCCACUACCCGAACCUCGAAGUUGUGAUACCACAGAAGGCAAAACAAAGAUUCUGUGUGUUCUCACUUGUACUCCAGGGAUUGAUCAUGUCCUAGAACUUUUGGUAUACAUCAAAGGACUGAAUGCUAGUAUAGACUUUCUUAGGUUGUCUUCGUUCUAGUGGUGUCAUGGCAUCACUUGAAAAGGGGCGUAUCGUGUCGGACCAUGCGGUCUGUUCAAUUCCGCCUAAUAUGUCUGGCAGUGAUUUAGAAUAUGUACUCGUCUCUCGCGUCGUCCGUAAAUAGGGCCAUCUAAUGCCAAUGCAAUGGAGAAAGCAUGCAGUUGUUCCAAGAUCCAUAUCUAUGUCCACUGUUGCAGUCAAACUUAAUUUUUGCUGAUUGCCUUUACGAAAGAUUAUGUUGAUGACGGCAAAUAGUGUCGCAACUGUCAUUUCUGAAUGUGGUCCCACAUAGUCAUCAUGCCUUGCGGUUCCGGGAACCUAGUAAAGUGGACGAGAUCUACCGCCUGGAAGCGAAC